UACAAAAACCUAUUGAAACUUUUGUUCAUAAACGUGAAAAACGUAUUGAUGCUGUUUUAGCUUAUUUUCUUAUUGAAACACCAUCGAGUUUAACUUUACCACAAAGUAAAUUAUAUGAAUUAUUUACACCUAAAACGAAAUAUCUUCUUUCACAUCCUGUAUGUCAACUUGUUACUGAAAUUCGAAAAGCAUUUAAUCAUAAUAAACAAAUUAAUAUUAAUCUUCAACCACAUAUAUUACCAGAAACUGAAUUGUUAAAACAAGGCAUACGUGAAGCAUGUCGUGAUUGGGCUCAAAUAUUUAAACAACAACCACAUUUACAUUUACAUAUUAGUCAACCACCAGCAUCUGCAACAUCAACAUCACCUAUUGAAAGUAUGUUACCAACAAAUAGUAAUGAACAUGAACAAGUAACAGAUAAUACACGAGCACGAGCAUCAACUAUAGUUGGCCGUGUUCAACGUCUUAUUGGACAUGAAUCUGUUGGAUCACAUGCUUCUCGUCCAUCUGCAGUAUCCAAACAGCCUCAAAAUGAUAUCAAUAAUACCAUAAGUGCAAAUUCAGCUGUUCGAAGACGUAUGACAGUACAAAAUACUCGUUCAAAUGCAAGUAAUAAAGAUACAAUAAUUGAAGGAAAUAAAGAACCAUCAUCAGCAGGUGUACAACGUCGUCGUACAUCUAGUUUUAUAAGUGAAACAUUACGACGUCUUGAACCAACUGCAAAUAUAAAUAAUACAACUGGUUAUAAACGAAUAAAUACCGGUACUGAUGCAUCAGAUAUUGAAGAUAAUAAAAAUGGUGCUCGUUCAAAUAAAAGACAUAAUACGAAUUCAUUAAAUGAAACAACUUAUUAUAUUGAUGCAGGACCUGAAUUAGUUGGUCCAGUUGAACAAUUAUUUAAAAUUUUGCUUGAAUAUGCCAGUGUAGAAUUAUCAGUUGCAUCAUCAAUCGAACCAUUAUUUGAAAAAUUAGGUCAAACUGUUUUAGCAUCAGCACAAAUAAAACGAUUUGAUGUUAAAAUUUUACCAAAUGAACUUAUAAAUAAUACACAACCGUUAAUAUUAAAUUCACCUGUUGAAUCAUCUGUUCUUUGUGUAACAAAUUUAAAUAUUCAAAGCGUUUUUAGACAAUCACUUGAAUAUGAUCAAUUACAUUCAGCUAAUGUUCAAGCUGGUAUACGUGUACAACGUGUUAAACAAGAAGUUAAUCUAUCUUUAUUACGUAUUGUUUAUCAAUUUUAUACAGUUGUUGGUAAUGCAGUUGAAUAUACAGGUAUUAAUGAAAUAAUUAAAACAGAUUCAACUAUUCAACUUCAACAACAACAACACCAACAACAACAAGAGGAUUUCUCUCCUACACGUUCAAGAGCAAGUACAGUAGUUGAUUAUUCUGAACAUGGAAUUGAAAAUAUUGCUUUAAAACCUCUUCAUACAAAUAUUUUACAUUCGAAUACGGAUGAUUUAUUAGAUGUUGAAAGACAAUGUUGGAAAAAAUUACGUGAACUUGUGACUAUGUAUGGUACACAACCAGAAAUUAAACAAAUAACAACAACAACAACACGUAAACAACCAGUGAAUGAUUCAAAUUUACCAUCAUCAACAACAAAUCCAAAAGUAGUACAAACACAAGCACGUAAUGGUAUAACAAAUGCAACAACUGAAACACUUUUAUUAUCAGCAUUUGGUUGGUUAAUUAUUGAUGAAAUAUAUUAUUCAGCUUCAUUAGGUGGUUUAAAAGUCGAUGGUUGUAUGGGAAAAGUUCAAGGAAGUAUUAGUUUAUCACAAAGACUUCGAGCUAUACAAUCAAAUACAAAUAAUCAAAAUCCCAAAAAAUAUGAUGGAUCAUUGAUUGUUCAAAUAGGUUCAACUUCUUUAUCCCUCAAAGAAACACUUUCUACUUCGUCUGAUAAUCUUCAAAAUAAUACGACUCCGAAUUUAAAUCCAGCAUUAUCAUCAGCAUCAUCAACUCGAGAAAUAUCUGUACUUGAUAUUAUUGUUGGUAAAUCUCGAGCUUUAACAUCUCUUCAAACACGUGGAAUAAAUUUAACAUUAAGCGGUGUAACAAAUAUCGGUACAAUUGCAAUGGAUGUACCAUUACGACCACAAGAAGUUCAUGAUUUAGUUAAUCGUGCCGGUCGUUUAAUAACAUCUUAUGUUCAAGAGUUUCUUCCCGAUGAUACCGAACAAUCAUCUACAAUACCAUUAACAACCGAUGAUGAAUUUCAACAAAUGGAUACAAGUUUAAAUAAUACAAUUGAAGAUUCAAAUAUUCCAACAUUAUCUGAACAAAUUCCAAGAAAAAAACAUUCGAAAUCACAUCGUACAUUAACAUUAACUUCAAAUUUAACAAAUGAACAUUUACAAACUCAACAAAGUAGUUUAUCGAUAUCAAAACGACCUAUUUUCGAAGUUCAUAUAACUGCACAUUGUCAAGGAAUGACAUUUUCAACUACACUUCUAUCUACACUUAAAGCUCAAUAUAAAAUCGGUGUUGUUGAAGGUGUUGCAAAUCUUGGCAGUACAACAUCACGUUUUACUGCUAUUAUUCAUGAACAUGCAUUACAUUUUUUAAAUAAUAAUAAUACAAAUGAUUUCAAUCAAUUACCUACAGUUAGUUCGGAUAAUCAUGUACGAAUUGAUUUUCCGCAAAUACGUUGCUAUGGAAAUUAUACAAUUGAACAAGAUAAAACUGAUAAACCAAAAGGACAUUUAAAUCUUCGUACAAAAAUUGAUUUACUUAAAUUAACAAUCACAGCUGAUUUUCUUGCACAAUUAGUUUUUGUUUCAAAAGUAAUUAUACAUGAAAUUAAUGAAAUACUUGCUAAAGUAUCAGGAAUUGAUCAAUUUCAUUUUGGACCAGUAAAAUCAAUGAUAAAAGAUAAAACUUUACAAUCAAUAAGUGAUAAUGAAGAUGGUUCUGAUGAUGAGGACGAAGAUGAUGAACAAGAAAAAUCAUCAACAACACCAUUUACAUAUAAAAUUGAUAUAUCAAUAAAAGGUUUUGAAGUUAUUGGACAAACACCAUCAAAUACAGUUGUUAAAUUUGAAAAUGCCGAUAGAAAUUUACCAAUGUUUAUUAAAUUAACAAAUUAUGAUGAACAAAAUUCAUUAUUAUUUUAUAAUAAACCAUUAAUUACUGCUCUAUUAUAUAUUAAACUUAGUCUUGGACAAUUAUUACAAACUGGAGGAUUUCAAGAUGCAGCUUAUUUCAAAACAAAAUUAUCUUUAAAAAAUUCUUUUCAACCGGAUGAUGUUGCAAAAGAAGCAUAUUUUAUUCGUUUAACUAAACCAAGUUUUUACUGGCAACCAGGUGCUAUUGAUAAAGGUAUUCUUUUUUGGUUAAAUUAUAAAAAUACAUAUGAACAUUGGAAUGAACAACGUGGAGCAUUUACAACUCCAACGAGUCAUUCAAUACAUAAACGUCCAUUGGUGAAUGUUCAACCUGCACAAGCAACAACAACAACAACUGACCUUAAUCUUAUGUUUCAAUUAGAUAUUAUUGAUUUAGGUAUUGCUAUACCACUUCAACAAUUAGAUCAACCAACAAAACUUGCAACAGCAGAUGCACAAGUUCUUAGUCCAAGACAAUCUGUAUCAGUCGUUGAUGAAGUUGGUGAUUUUCUUGUAUUUACACUUGAUCAAACAACAAUAUCAGCAUGUUCAUGUGGUGCAAUUAUAAGUUCGGGCUCAUUCGAAGGUUUUUGUUUUCGUUUUGCAGAAAAUUUUCAACAAACAAAUUCAAAUUGGAAACCUAAAUCUUCAUCAACAUCAAAUGUUAUUUUAAAUGCAUGUUGUGUACCAAGUGGUCGAUAUUUAAUGCAUUCACGGGCUAAAAAUUUACCAAAUUCUUCUAGUCCAAAAUGGUUUUUAAAUGUUCAAUGGGAUAUGAAAGGUAUUGAUAUAAAUAUUGAUUCAAUUAUUGGUAAACGUUUUUCACAAUUAAUUCGAACAAUAACAUCAACACAUUUAAUUGAACCAAUUGAUCAACUAAAUAAUGAAAAUGAUUUGCCAAUAAAUUCAAAUUUACUUAAUACAAAUAGUGGAAGUACAAUUAAUAUUAAUGAAAAUAAUGAUCCAAGUGAAGUUGAAGAACGACGAAAAAGAUUAAAUUAUGAAUAUUCGAUAUUAGGACAAAGAAUUGCGACAUUACAAAAAUCGGGAGCAUCUGAUGAAGAUUUAAAACCCGAAGAAGCUCGAUAUCAAUGGUUAGAAAAAGAAUUAGUAAAUACAUAUAAAAGUGAUCUACAACAAAAAAUAAAACCAUCAAAUAAGAAUGCUCUUAAUCGUGAUCGUAAUCGAUCAAUGCUAUCCACAUAUAGUGGCCAAAAUUAUAGACGACCAUCAUCACAAGAUACUACUCCAGGAUCACGACAUGCUCAUUCUGAAAUGUCUACACCUCAAUCACCAAUUCGUGAAGAAAGUACAGAAAAUGAAACAUUACGUACACCAAAUCUUACUAUUCGUACAACAUCACAUGAAGGUGAUGAUCGUCAAUCGAAUACAUCAUCUACAACAAAUAAUAAUCCAAAUGAAAUAACAUCAACAUCAGCUGUUGAUUUAGAAUUAAAUGUUCAAAUUUUAAUAGCUAAUGGUUCAUGUAAUCUUUAUACACGUCGUGAUCUUAUAUCACAAUCUCCUUUAAAACCAAAUGUAAAUAAACAACAACAACAACAAACUCAAGCAACAGUUGGUUCAAUUCAAAUAAUAAAUAAAAUUGAAUAUCAAGUAUUACAAUUUUCUUUACCGAGUGUUGAUGUUGAUGCACAUUAUACUUCUAAACAUAAUAAUACAACAAAUAGCUCAUUAAAUAAACGAGGAAAUUUUUAUUGUUGUGCUCGAGUACAAUCACCUAUAACACAAAUUAUUAUUCAUCCAAUUUUAUUGGAUUUUAUUGAACAAACACUUGAAUAUGUUAAAUUACCACAUGAACAACAUGGACACACAAACAUACGAGACGAAAAUAUACAAAAUUCAAAUAAAGAUGAUGAUGAUCAUUUAAAUAAUAUGUUUUUAAUGGAAGAUCAAACAUCAACAGCAUCAUUUCCUAUUGAUGUUGUUGUUAGUUUAUAUAUUCAACCAUGUGUUCUUUUAUUUACAUGUUUACCAACACAUCCAAUGGAAUGUGAACUUCGUUUACCUGCUGUUGAUAUUGUAUUUUCAUCUAAACGUGCUGUUCCCGAUAGUACAACAUCAAAUGAAAAUCCAUCUGAACAAAUUUUAGAAAAUUCUCUUGCUGGUUUGAGUUUUUCAUUAUAUAUGAAAGAUUUCAAAUUUAAUGUUUAUCAUCCAUUUUCUGGUGAAUCAAAAGUACAUUAUUAUGAAGAUAUGCGUUCGGGACAAUUGCAAACACGUAAUGCAUUAGCAGUUAGUGUACAAUCAGUUUCACUUAAUAUUUCUCGUACACGUUAUAUAAUAAUUGAUCAAGAUAAUGAACUUUUAAAUAAUAUUCAAUUAUCUGUUAUUAUACAAAUAUCAAAAGCACAAUUUGAAUAUGAUAUAAGACGUUUCACAGAAAUUUUAACAUUUCCAAAAAUUUGGUAUAAUCGUUCAUUAGCUCGUCGUCUAUUCUUAGGCGAUGAAAACUUACCAACAAGAAUUCCACCAACAACUCGAACAACACAACCAACUGCACCACCAACACAAAUACCAUCGAGAACAAAUGAAGUUUUACGUAAAAAAGCACAUGUAAUUUUAGCUAUCCAGUUAAAAGAAUUACAUAUAUCAAUGCGUAUGUCGAAUGUCAUGGGAAAAAUUGAAUGGAAUACAAAAGAUGUUUCUUCAACUGGAAGUUUAACAUUAACAAGUGAAGGAAAACGAACAUUUUUUCUUUCAUUAGGUUUACAAAGUUCAUUAUUACAAGCUGAACAAGGAAUUGUCGGAGGAAUUAUAAGACUUAAAAAUCUUCGAACAACAGGUCUUAUUCUUCACGAACUUCGUGAUCGAUCAACUUUUGUUGAUGCAUCUCAUGCUAUCGAUAUUUUAACGGAUGCAAUUGAACUUCGUCUUGAUUAUAUGGGUUCGCCAACAUUAAUGGGACGUAUAUCUCAUAUAUUACUUCGAUUAAAAGAUGAUCGUCCUUCAUCAACAGCAUAUAAUGAUUCCAUAACACCAUUUAAAUCUGUUUUACUUAAUCUUGGAUGGUCACAAUUACAUCUAAUGAUUACACGUUCAACAACACCAGAUAUGAUAAAAAUGGCAACGAAAUUAACUGAAUUUUUUAAUAAUCAUAUAAGUAGUUCAAAAUCUAUAUUAGCAUCAAUACAAUAUGAUUUUCGUGAUCGUACAAAUGUAAAGCCUCAAACAAAAAAAUCUUCAACUAUACAUUCAAAAUAUGAUACAAAUAUUAUUAAAAAAUCUAUUGGAAUGCAUGGUGGUGAAAUAAUGUUACAAGGACAUAAUUUAACAUUAGUUGUUUUUCAUGGAUUAAAUUUUAAAUCACGGCAAUGGGCUUUAUUUUCACUUAAUGAACCACAAAUUAAUUUUAUUACAAAUCGAGGAGAAGAAGGCGAUACUAAUCAAGAAUUAAUCUUUUCAUUGGGUGAUCAAAGUCAAACAACACAUGCAAAUGUAAGACCUCGUACAAAUAUGGCUUCAAUUUCGAAAGUUACAAGAAGUACUAAUGAAGCGCCAUCACAUUUAACAAUUAAUGAAUGGUUCAAUUAUGCAAGUUCAACAAUUUCAGCUAUUGGUUUACGUGAUUUUCCAACUUUUGAUGAACCUGAGAUAUCAGUUAUGAAAAGACAAGGUCGCCCAAGACAAUUUGAUCAAAAUGCUGAAUCAAUAUUUAUUCUACCGGCUCUUGAAUUACGUUUUCAAACACGACAACUCAAUGAUCAAGUACAUUGUAGUUUUGAAACAGAAUUUUAUGAACAUAUUAUGUUUUCAUUCAAUGCUGAACAUUUUUAUUUCUUACAUGAUCUUAUAACUUCAUAUAUAAAAGAAAAAGAACGAACUUUAAUAGCAGCAGCAAUUGAUAAAACUCCACAACGAUCAAAUACAUCCACAACUGAUCAACAAACAUCUCCGCCAUCUGAUGAUGCAGGUAGUACUGAUACUCGUCGUUUUCAUUGUCCAGAUGCUAAAUGGAAAUUACAACCAACGAUAAAACUUCUUACAGCAUAUGGAAAUGAAGUUGAACCAUUUGGUGCCGAUUAUGUUUUACAAAAAUUAGGUUUUCGUCAUGCACGUUUAACAAUACCCAAAUGGCUUCAACGUGGUAUUAUGGAUCCAUGUGAACAAUCAAUGACUAUCGUACAAUUAAUUUUAAUUUUUCUUCUACCUGAACGUUUUAAAGAAAUGUGCAUGAAAUAG